CCGCUUCCACCCCUACUACCCUGAACAACGAUGGCUUCCGUUAUACUGCAGGAACAAGCAGUGAAAGCCAAGCCGCGCGGGGCUGCGUUAGCCUUUAUUUCACACGGAACGUUUCCAGGACUUCUGUUUGCUUACAGGCACGGCAGCAGGACGAGAAGCAAACAGGUCCGUACCGGCAGCAGCCAAGGGCUGAGCGCAGCACGGAGCCGCUCCCCGCGCGCCGCGGUCAGUGCGCGCCUGCAAGGCUCGGGGGGCGCGGCCGCUGCCCGGCGGUCCGGGAAUGGAGCGGCUGUCGGCGGACGCGGCGGCCUUGGAGGAGUACGCGGAGUACCGGCGAAUUGUAGGUGAUGAUGAUGGAGGAAAGCUUUUUACCCCUGAGGAAUACGAGGAGUACAAAAGAAAGGUGCUGCCCAUCCGGCUGCAGAACAGGCUGUACGUCAGCUGGAGAUCCCCCACGGGCAUGGACUGCAAGCUGGUGGGACCAGAGACGCUGUGCUUCUGUACUCACCGGUAUAAACAACACAAAACAGACUACGAAGUGAUUCCCAAAGACCGUCCCAUCUGUGUGCCGUGCAGAGUGAGCCACUGUCCCUGCCAGUCCUACCACUACGUUCCUCUCAAUGGCACGCAGCCCAUCCGCUGUAGGUGCAAACACUUUGCUGAUCAGCACAGUGCAGCUCCUGGAUUUUCCUGCAACUCGUGUUCCACGUGUUCAGGAUUUCACAGCUGCUUUACCUGUGGGUGCGGUCAGCCGACAUACGCACAUGAAACAGUAGUGGAAACUAAACAAGAGCGGUUAGCCCAGGGAAGGCCAGUUGGGCAGGAUGUUCCCUAUGCUGCUAUGGGAGGACUGACUGGCUUCAGCUCACUGGCAGAAGGCUACAUGAGACUUGAUGACAGCGGAAUAGGGACUCCUUCUGCUGAGCUGUUAGAAUCCCCUGUAACCAGCAUGGAUCAUCCAUUUCUAAAGGCAUUUCAGGGACCUUCUGGCUCUGCUCAGACCAUCUCGCAGCUAGCAGGUGGUUCCAGUGCUUCAGCACAAGUUUCUCAUGAAAGGCAUUCAGAAGAAGAUGACAUGGCUUAUUUUGAGAAGCGUUAUCAGGAGCGGCUGAAAAAGGAGAAGGCUGCUAAAGGAAAAGAGAAAAGUCUGGUGCCAUCAAAGAAGCCAUGAGUUUAAUGAAUAAAUAUUAACUACAUGGUUAAUCAUUUGUUACUUGUUGAUUACAUGUUAAUUACAUAUUGUUUAUUGAAGAAUAUUUUGUCACUGUACCUAUUUGUUUACUUCUUUCUUCCCUUCUUUAUUCAGUUCUGUUCUUUUACCAAAAUUAAUUUUUAAUUAUCUUGUAAUGAAUUUGGUACUUUAAUCCAAGCGUUUCUAGUUGCUAGAAUUGUUAUAUAAGUAUAGAAAGGGCAAAGGAAGUAUUGUACAUCCUGUUCUUAGACUUUUAUGAUACACUUUAUUUACAGAAUUGCUAGGACUCAUCUUGUUCAUGGAUUUGUACUCGGUAGUGUUUGUUUUAUUAACGCUAGCAUUUUAGUCAUUAAAUUGUUCAUUUUUCUUUCUGUUGGUUCCGUCUCUGUUGCAUAAAAUUCAGAUGUACCUUUUGUUUCUCACACUUCUCUAGGCUCUGUUCUUCCAAUGUAUAUUUGUUACAUCUGAAGUUCCAUGUGCUCACAACCCCAUUUCCACCCAUUACUGGCUAGCUGAAAGGAUCCUGCUGUCUGCAUAGCAGUGACUGUCAGACUGAACUUUUGACAACAUAAAGUGGACAUGGAUAUGCUAUUUAUUGCACAUAAGUAAUUAUAUAUUGCUUGAUAUAAAGUUCUUUAUCCAACAGGUUCUCUUUCAUUGUGUCUAAUGCAAGAGUCCCUCAGGACGGGAGAUGUCCAUUUGUUUUGUCUGUGCACAGCUGUGGCAGCAUGUAUUGUCGUAAAGGUUGUGGCCAUUUGUGUGAAAACUGAAAAUUAGGUAACGCUGUGUGGUGCUUUAGGUCUGUUAAGUAGCACAAUGCUGAAUACCUGGCUGAGGCUGCAGGAUGGUUGGAACUGGGAGGCAAAAAUUGUGCCUGAGUUAACUUUGUAGGCUUGCCUGAAAACAGAGAUGUAAGGUUGUUUGCCCUUAAGAGCUCUUGAACAUGAUUCUUGGACUGAAGGUUUUCAGGUGGUGUCUGCUGAGACUUUAUAGCAAGAGCUGGCAGAAGCUUUAAAAGCUUUGAUUCUCAUCAGAGAACUGAAUGUGGUGCCUGUAUGUACCAUACUGGCGGAGGAAAUAAGGGGAGGUGGAAUGCAUUUGGGCAACUUCCUUUUCUUCAAACAGCAGCUGUGCAAAAGAAGGAAGGCUCCUGGAAGUGCGUGUGAGUCAUACAGUGACUGAUGGAGGUGGCUGGAUCUGAGUGCAAACAGAAUAAAGGCUUGUGACUGCUCUGCACAGCGACGUGUGCUGUGUUGCUGUUACCUUCGUUUAAAUGCAUUAUAUAUUGAAGUGUAUACUGAAUGCUUAAAACAGAUCUUUACCUUUAAAUUCUAGAGUGUUACAUAUGGUUUUAUCUUAAUAAAUAAAAAUACUGAUUUGAGCUCCCUCUUCUGGUCCUUAUAAGUAAUCAUUUCUAUAGUGCCUUGCGUGGU